GACCGCGCGGCAGUCACGCAUUGUUGCGCUUUGCCGUUGUUGUUCACCGUUCGCGCGACUGCGUUCGUUGUCGAAAGUCGUUUUCGUUUUCGAAAUUCAAUUUUCCCCUGCCGCGGUCGGCACACUGCACUGUCAAUAGUAGUUUUCCAUUCGACAUAAGCGCGUUCGGUUUUAAACGAGAGUAAUAAAGCUAUAAUUCAUUAACGUCCGUCAGAUGCAAGAAGGCUGUUCUUGCACACAUAUAUAGAUAAGAAAAAGAAAGUAUGGGCAAAAGGAACUCAAAACUGAAACAAGAUACAAUCGACAAAUUAAUAGAAGACACGUAUUUUUCGGAAAAAGAAAUCAGACAAUGGCACAAAGGUUUUUUAAAAGAUUGCCCAAAUGGACUACUGACGGAACAAGGAUUUAUAAAAAUAUACAGACAGUUUUUCCCGCAAGGUGAUCCAACAAAAUUUGCAUCACUUGUAUUCAGAGUGUUUGACGAAAAUAAAGAUGGUUCGAUAGAGUUUGAAGAAUUCAUCAAAGCUUUAUCAGUGACGUCCAGAGGAAAUUUGGAUGAGAAACUUCACUGGGCUUUUCGUCUAUAUGAUGUCGACAACGAUGGUUUCAUAACCCGAGACGAGAUGUAUAACAUCGUAGACGCUAUAUAUCAGAUGGUGGGUCAACAACCACAAGCCGAAGACGAAAAUACUCCACAAAAACGAGUAGACAAAAUAUUCGAUCAAAUGGAUAAAAAUCACGAUGACAAACUUACGCUGGAAGAGUUCAGGGAGGGCAGCAAGGCAGAUCCAAGAAUCGUGCAAGCACUUUCACUUGGGGGAGAUCACAACAAUGCCGCAGCUCCCCAAGCAGCCACCACAUAAGUCUGUCGGAUGAGAGUUCUUUUUUUUCUACAUAUUGACUUUGUUACUUAUAUUUUUGUGUCUAAUUUUUUGACCUCUUUACAUUACAUAAUA